UGUUGUAUGUAGCUAACUGUGUCACACUCACACACGACGCGGCACAACACAAGGAUACUCAGCUUCUCUACAAUGGCCGAUUCUGGCUUCGCUGGUAACAGAAGGGAUUCUAUUAAGUCCUCAGUUGGGGAUGCUGCUGCUAGUAGGAGGCGACAACAUGCAGUGACAGUUGGAAAAGAAAGGAGGGAAUCGCUGGUGCGUGCGAAAAGGCUUUGUAGGGUGGGGAUUGGUGGUGGUGAUGGUGAUGGUCAAGUUCUUACCCUUGACAGUGAGAUGAUGAUUGAUGAAGAGCAAUCCAUUUUGGAGUCUCAAACUUCCUUGGCAGUGGAAAAAUUGAAAUCUGCCCUUACUUAUCAGGGGAAGGGUGCAAUGCAGAAAAGAGUGGGUGCCCUUCAAGAAUUAAGACGUCUGCUGUCAAGAUCUGAAUUUCCUCCUGUUGAGUCUGCUCUUAAAGCUGGAGCAGUACCCAUACUAGUGCAGUGUCUUUCAUUUGGUUCUCCAGAUGAACAGUUACUUGAGGCAGCUUGGUGUCUUACAAAUAUUGCUGCAGGGAAUCCAGAAGAAACAAAAGCUUUGUUGCCUGCAUUACCUUUGCUUAUUGCUCAUCUUGGAGAAAAGAGCUCCUCACCUGUUUCAGAACAGUGUGCUUGGGCACUAGGAAAUGUGGCUGGUGAAGGUGAAGAGUUGAGGAAUAUUCUGCUAAUUCAAGGGGCCUUACUACCUCUUGCAAGAAUGAUGCUGCCAAAUAGAGGUUCAACUGUCAGAACAGCUGCCUGGGCUUUGUCUAACCUAAUCAAGGGUCCAGAUCCUAAAGCUGCUACAGAGCUCAUUCGUGUUGAUGGAGUAUUUGAUGCAAUCAUUCGACACUUGAAGAAAGCGGAUGAUGAAUUAGCAACUGAAGUAGCAUGGGUAGCUGUUUAUCUAUCGGCGCUUUCGAAUGUAGCUACCAGCAUGCUGGUGAAGAGCGACGUACUUCAAUUGCUUGUAAACAGAUUAGCAACAUCAAACAGUUUGCAAUUACUGAUUCCGGUUUUGCGAAGUUUAGGUAAUCUCAUUGCUGGUGAUUCCCAUACAACUUAUGCUGUUCUUGUACCUGGAAGUGAAAUUACAGAUAAUGCCAUAGAAGUCCUGGUAAAAUGUCUAAAUAGUGAACACAGGGUCUUAAAAAAGGAAGCAGCCUGGGUUCUGUCUAAUAUAGCUGCUGGUUCCAUUGAGCACAAGCAGUUGAUAUAUUCUAGUGAGGCAGUGCCUUUUCUAUUGCGCCUUCUUUCUGCCGCUCCAUUUGAUAUAAGAAAGGAAGUGGCUUAUGUAUUGGGCAACCUUUGUGUUGCCCCAACUAAAGGUGAUGAGGAGCCAAAUCUCAUCGUGGUUCACCUGGUUUCACUUGUUGGAAAAGGAUGCUUGCCUGGAUUUAUUGAUUUGGUUAGAUCUGCUGAUAUUGAAGCUGCAAGGCUAGGACUUCAGUUCAUAGAGCUGGUCCUGCGGGGGAUGCCAAAUGGUGAGGGCCCAAAGCUUGUAGAACAAGAAGAUGGGAUUGAAGCCAUGGAAAGAUUUCAGUUUCAUGAAAAUGAAGAUCUGAGAACUAUGGCAAAUAGUCUGGUUGACAAGUAUUUCGGAGAUGACUAUGGGCUUGAUGAGUAGUAGGUCAGAAUAGCGAGAUUGGCAAUCGUUUUUGUCCUUGUAAUGCAUGUCUUGCCUCAGCUCCAUGUCAAAUAUGGAGAAAUUUAAGUUACUGACGUUGCUGAACAUUCUUCAUCCAAGGCCACUAGAAUCUGUAUCUGGUAUUGAGAUGUUUGAUAAAUCCGUCACGGGCAUGUUGGUUAUACUCUUUUUGGGGGUGUUUUCUUGAGUGCAUUCACGAUGUACUGAAAAUGUAAAUUUUUAUUUGUGGUUCAGUUCCACUUCUCUUUAGACUAUACCUGAAAAAGAUACCAGUUCCCACGGAUUGCCGUUUGGUCCCUGAAUUUCAUUUGUGUACUUAAUUUUCUGUUUGGUUCAA